CCCGCCUUUGCAUACCUCAAAAUGGCCACCCAUAUUGAAGAGGAGGCUAAAGAGGAAGCAGAUUUCGCUAGCCAGGUCCCUCGGAUUAGCGAAGUCUGUGAUGAGGCGAGAAAAGAGUUUCAAAAUUUCUUUACUUCAAGUCCUCCCGGCCCAAAAGACCUCGUUAUUCAGUCAAAAGAGCUAAUGACACUCCUGGAGCAUGUAGCACCAAUGAAGACACUGAGAAGUCUUGAGGUAGAACACAUUUAUCUACUUGAGCCAAUAAUGAAGACAGGCGGCCCACUACGUUACUAUCUGACUAGACCCGAGAUAGCCCCAAUGCAACACAUUGUUAAUCACAUUAAGUCCGACCUCAAUGAAAAGGAGCAGAGAAUGUACCAUAUCCUAUUCAUACCACGUGUACUCGCCCUCUGCGAGUAUAUCCUGGAGAGAGAAGGAGUAAUAGGGUAUGUUAAGAGGUACAGUUGGAAUCUUAACCUCAUACCACUUGACGAUCAUCUCCUUUCUCUUGAGCACCCAAAGACAGCAAGAGCGCUUCUUUUGGAGGGGAAUUACUCGAUAUUACACCUGGUUGCUAGCUCGCUCAUUGAUCUUGAAGAAAAGUUUGGUACGAUACCCACACUCCAUGGCAAGGGAAACUUCUCCAAGAAAGUGAUGGAUAUGUUCAUUCGCAUGAAAAAGAUUAAAGGAUUGACAGAGUUCCAACAUCCGCAGAAAGGUUUGGGUGUUUCCGAAGUCAUUUUAUUCGACCGUUCGUGCGACUGGAUCACACCGUUAUGCUCGCAAUUAACAUACGAGGGAAUGCUUGAUGAUGUUUUUGGGAUACAGUCAGGUUUUGUUGAGUUUAGUAAGGAGGCUAGCGGUAAGGGUGUGCCCGUUAAGGUUUUAUUGAACGAGAAUGAUCCGGUAUUUAGUUUAAUUCGCUCAAUGCAUUUCUCUGGUGUUAGUGAAGUACUGGUUACUGUCUCGAAAGAGCUCCAGAGAGAUUACAGUCACGGAAGAGACAAGAACAAAACUAUACAAGAGAUGAAAGAGUUUGUGAAGAAUUUGCCACAACUGAGAACGAAGCACGACUCGCUAUCCACGCAUCUCAAAGCAAGUGAGAAUAUAAUUCGUAAAAAGAAGGAAGGAGAUUUCCAGCGACAGUUGUCGACAGAAUGGACACUCUUAGAAGGCUCUAAUAAAGUAACAGCAUACGAUCAUAUUGAGGAGAGCAUUGAGGGACAGAGUAAUAUCUACUCAUCACUACAGCUGCUCUGUCUCGCUUCUGUCACUGCUGACGGGAUCAAAGAGAAAUACUUCCAUCCGUUUAAGAGUAGCUUUCUUCAUAGCUAUGGCCACAAGCAUCUUGUUACAUUCUACCACCUGCAGCAGGUUGGUCUCCUUAAAUCUAAAGCAAAAGACGAUAUAAUCAGUUCCAAGAGUCUUCUAAAAGAUGACAUGGCGCCUUUCUUUCAACUACAGCGACUUUUGAAACUAGUUCCCAAGAAACCAGAGGACUUUAAUCUCAAAGAACCAACUGAUGCUUCGUAUGUGUUUGGAGGAGCCUACAUACCAUUGAGUGUAUCUGCAAUUGGCAGUGUAGUAUCCACUGGUGGGUGGAGCCACAUUGAGGGGGUCGUUAAGAAUUGGGAAGGAUCUAGUUUCACUCACCAUCAGUUUAAGAGUGUUCGUAAUGAGCAGGGCAGGAGGCGUGUCAUAUUGGUAUACUUUGUGGGUGGGGUUACUUAUUCUGAGGUGAAUACUUUACGUUUCAUGGAACAGAAACUCAAUGUUUAUUUCAUUAUUGCUACUACCGACAUUGUUAAUUGGAAGAGACUGUUUGACAGUUUCAUGGAGUUUGAAGUGACAUAAUUUUUUUAUUAGUUUAUAAUUUUUUCAGUUACGCAAAUUAUUGCUACACCCACACGCUUUGAUCUUAAGAUUUAAAAUCAUUUUAA